UUGGUAUCAUAUUUGACAUCUGUUGACUGAAAAUUUCGCAAAACCAAAAAUAUUUCUUUUAUCCAUCCAUACUCCUCCACUUUUAUCUUCACUUUCUAUUAUAUAUAUUCCCAAGAUUUAUUUAAUAUAAUUGGCGGGUAUUUACAAUAAACACAUUUUAUAGCCACCGUACUUGUAAUUACAAUAGUUGGAAAAUCAGAUUUUUCCUUUCUUGCCGAUCAGUGACUAAUACAGUAAUCGCUCCGAACAGGCUACGUAUUCGGAUAUGACUAUGUGUUAAGUGCUGUGGGGUCUAAGAUAUUGUACCUCGGCGUGUAAUGUCAGACGGUGACCCAUCACUUGAAGAGGACGUUCCGAAGCCUCUGUUGGAGAGAGCAGAGGAAAAUGUGUUUACGCCGAAGAUAGCUACUCCGAUAUAUACUGGUGGAGUGAAGCUUCAUCAUAAAAGGUCUGACGCGGCGGAGACCGAGUCGUUCCUGAAUGACUCGCAGCGUAACGAUCUCGCCUUCAGACAGUUAUUCCAGGAUGGAGAUGCGGAAUUUCAACAGAAGGAGAAGGAGGAGCAGGAGAAGAUACCCGACCUGCAGGCGAUGUCGGUGCUGAGUAUGUACCAGGACAAUAUGUCGCAGGACAUGAACACCGACCGGGACAACGGUAGCGAAGCAUCAACGAGGCCGGCGGAGGAAUGCUCAUUCGACCCGGCGGCCACUCUGCCAGAUGUAGCUACCAAUGGCAAUGGCAAACCGAAAGCCAACCAUUGCUCGAUAAUAAUGGGCGGUGUCCUCAACAACCCAUCGUUGACUUUCAACGAUGGUGUUCGUACCAUAGAUUAUGUGUUGGUAUGGGAGGCGGGUAAAGUCGACGCAACCACACCGCAAGCUAUCGAGCAGAGGAGGAUUUUCGAAGAGAACUUGGAAAAUGAGGGUUUGCAACUGGAGAGGGAAGCACCGAAGGAGUUACACGGGUUAAAUUUUACAAAGAUCCAUGCACCGUACUCAGUUUUAAGAGACUAUAGUGAGAUAUUAAAACUUAGGAUGCCAAUGAAGGAAUGCAGUAAAAUAAGAAAAGGUGGGCGGACAAAUGCCAUACUGAAUGCUGCCAUGUAUAUGUCUAAGUUUUCAGCAUUGAAAGAUGUCCACGAAAAGACCAACAGCUUGGUCGACAAAAUGGACGCGUGCUGGGAGCAGUUCAUGGCAAAGAUCAGGGUUGAUCCGGAUUUGUUUCCCGAGCGGAAACAUCGGCUCACUGCCAUAUACUCCAAGGAUAAAGAAUAUUUAUUCGACACAACAGCGGAGUGUUUCUGGACGCCGUCGAUCAGGUCGCGCAUCGUGCAGUUCAUACUGGACAGGAAGAAGUUCUCGUCGGCCAGCAACGACGACUUCGCGUUCGGCAUCACGCGGCUCAUAUCGAACAGUACUUACAGCGCGGCGUACCCUCUUCACGAUGGUGAUCUCAAAACACCAGGCUCCAUGAGGCAUCUGUUGUAUACCGAGUGGGCGAGCGUCUCCAAGUGUAUCAAAUACCAGCCAUUGGACUAUGUUAAGGAUUAUUUCGGUGUUAAGAUAGGUCUGUACUUCGCGUGGCUCGGAUUCUACACUCACAUGUUGAUCCCAGCGUCUAUAGUUGGUCUCAUUUGCGUCAUAUAUUCCGCCUCUACAGUGUAUUCUAAUCAACCAAGUGAGCAAGUGUGUAAUUACAAUUCAUCGAUCAAAAUGUGUCCCCUUUGCGACUACUUCUGCGACUAUUGGGAUUUGAAGGACACCUGCUUACAAUCUCGGAUCACCUACCUCUUCGAUAACUCCACCACUGUGUUCUUCGCUAUAUUCAUGAGUUUUUGGGCGGCUUGCUUUCUGGAGCUGUGGAAGCGGUACUCGGCGGAGAUGACGCACCGCUGGGACCUCACCGGCUUCGACGUGUACGAGGAGCACCCGCGGCCGCAGUACCUCGCGCGGCUCGCCCACGUCAAGCGCACGCAGCUGAACGUGGUGACGGGCGAGCGCGAGCCGAUGGUGCCGUUCUGGCGCAUGCGGCUGCCGGCGACGCUGAUGUCGUUCAGCGUGGUGGCGCUGCUGGUGCUGCUCGCGCUCGCCACCGUGCUCGGCGUCGUGCUCUACCGCAUGUCGCUGCUCGGCGCCACCAUCCUGCGCCACAACUCCAACGUGCUCAUCACUUACAACCCCAUCAUGUUUACCACUGCGACCGCGGCCUGCAUCAACCUCGUGCUUAUAUGCUUGCUCAACUAUAUAUACCAGUACUUAGCGGAGUGGCUCACGGAGAAGGAACUGCUACGCACACAGACGGAGUUCGACGACUCACUGACGCUCAAGAUAUACCUACUACAGUUCGUGAACUAUUACGCGUCUAUAUUCUACAUCGCGUUCUUUAAAGGGAAAUACGUGGGUCGUCCCGGAGACUAUGUGCGGUUUUUUGGCCAUAGACAAGAAGAGUGCGCGCCCGGCGGCUGCUUCCUCGAGUUGUCCAUCCAGCUUGCCAUUAUCAUGGUGGGCAAGCAGUUCAUCAACACCAUAGUGGAGAUGCUGAUGCCGUAUUUACUCAAGUGGUUGUAUAUCAUACGCACUAUUGGCAGGAAAAACACGAUUAAAAGCCCAUUGCAGUGGGUAAAAGAUUUUAAACUAGUCGACUUUGGUAAUAUGGGAUUGUUUCCGGAGUAUUUGGAAAUGGUGCUCCAGUACGGGUUCGUGACGAUCUUCGUGUCCGCGUUCCCGCUGGCGCCGCUAUUCGCGCUCAUCAACAACGUGCUCGAGAUGCGGCUGGACGCGAAGAAGUUCCUCUCGUGCUACCGCCGCCCGGUGCCGCAGCGUGUCAACGACAUCGGCGUGUGGUACCGCAUCCUCGACUCCAUAGGAAAGCUCAGCGUCAUCACCAACGGUUUUAUAAUAGCGUUCACGUCGGACUUCAUCCCGCGGCUCGUGUACCAGUUCGCGAUGGAGAGCAAUCUGAACAACUACGUGAACUACACGCUCGCAGACUUCAACAUCAGCGUCAUAGAGUACAAGCCGCUCAAGUCCACGUACAAAGAGGAAAUGUGCAGCUACCCCGGCUACUGGUAUUACAAGCAGGGCGAUGAUUACGAGCGCAGCAACUGGUACUGGCACGUGAUGGGCGCGAGGUUGGCAUUCAUAGUCGUGUUCGAGAAUGUGGUGGCGCUAGUGAUGAUAAUCGUCCGCUGGGCGAUCCCGGAUAUGUCCGGUGAGCUGCGCGACCGGAUCCGCCGUGAGGCCUACGUAAUCAACUCGUUCAUACUGGACGAGACGCGGUCGCGAUCUUUAGGGUCCACCCGGCAGGGGACCAGCUGCCGGGCCGGACCUACUGGACCCGGCGGGCCCGCGGGGGGAGACACAGGCGAGGGGGGCGACGGCGGCGCAGGUGAAGAAAUAACAGACUCCAACUGGAAUCACAUCGCUUCCCUCUCCGGUUCCGACUUCGAUCUUGCCGCCCACGGGGAACAUCAAGACAUAGCGGAUCUAGGGAAACACGUCGUCUCGAAACAUAGCUUCAACGAGAACGAACCGGGCCCUGCGCAUGUAUAACUGAAACGUACUAUUAAAGGUUUUUGAAAACAAAAUAAAUAAGGUACCAAUUUGGUGCGUUAUGAAAAUCUCCAAAGUUGAGGUUUGCAUUUAAUUAGUUAAGGGAACGGAAACCGUAAAGUUACCGAUAGGGUUUCCGAUCUUGGUAAAAAUAUCGAUCUUUGAAUCGAUUAAAAUUAGAGGUUCUCAUUCUUAUUUAAAAAUCGAUGUUCGAAAAAUUUAUUUCGACUUUCAUUUCCUUUAAUGGAAAAAUUACAGAAAGGAAUAAUUUUAUAAAGAAAAUGCUAGUUAUAUAGCAACAAUAAGGUUACAAUUAUAUAUUGAGAAAAGGAAAACUUCCAUUUUAAUUUUGUAUCGAUUUAUAAAUCGAUCUACGUCACAAAGAUCGAUAUAAAAAAUCGAAAAUAGCGGUCCAAAAAUGAUUGAUGUUUCGAGUCGACAUCGGAAACCCUAGUUACUGACGUAAAACAACGUAUGGAAUAACUGAAAAUUUAAUUUUGAAAACGUACUUAAAUAGAUCAAUUUCAUACGCAUAUCAUUCAUUCGCUUACAUCAGUCAUAGGAGGUUUUCCAUUGGCCGGCCCGGUAUAGAUAGAUAGAUAGAUAUAUAUAUAUAUUUUUAUACAUCUUAGAAUGGCAAACAAGCUGACGGCCCACUUGAUGGAAAGUGGUAACCGUCGCCUAUAGACACGAGCAGUACCAUGGACAACAGAGUAUACUGUUUCACCCAUGAUACUCCCCAUGCGUUGCCAUUCCUGAGGACUCGGGUGUUAUUCUUAGAUAGAUAGAUAAACACUUUAUUUGAGCCAUUUAUGACACACGUAAAUUACACAAAUGAGUUUAUACAAUUAGAUUAUUUACAUUUUUUUAAAUAUAAAACAAAAGAUGAAGUAUGGAAAUAUGUUUUCAACAAGUGUGUCGCAGUGACCCAAAUAGGCUACAGCUCAAUGAUGGUUUUGCUUAAAAGCAAAGCACUGAUUUUCAGCUGCAACCUAAAGUUAGGCUACACGGACGCGUAUAACAAACCCAGAGUGUAACCUGUGUAGCCAAUUUAACAGCCAGUGUUUAAUGAGUGGGCCAUAAGUCUGUUUGUCAUUGCAAGGUGCAUAAAGUAUAUGUGUUUUUUAAUGCCCUUUGGAUGUCAGUACCGGUGCCGGCACAUCGAAACCACCUGUAGGGAACCAAUCACAAAUCUUCUUACAGGUAAGCAAUGAUAAUAACUUUUUAUACUUUAAAAUAUCAUUAUAUAUUUAUUAGCAAGAAUAUAUGGGAUUUGAUAUGUUUUUUUUUAAUGGCUGUAAAUGGCAGGGUAACCCCGCCUGCAUUAUCGGUAUACGCUGGCGGGGCACCAGUGAGGGAUGAUAGAUGAGAAUGAAGCAGGUCAGUUAGUCCAUCGUGACGAAUUCAAUGAUAAAUUAGUCACGGUAGUUUUCAGGGGGAACAGCGUGGAGGUCGACCUGAUAGGGUACAUUGAUAGCAUUGGGGAUUAACAUCCCCAUUACUAACAAUCCCUUCCCCUCAGAUUUGAUAUGUUAGGGUUCACCAGUUAAUGUGAAUGUAUUGCCAAACGAUUGCUUCCUUGUUACUACUAAAAGUGGAUAGGAUGAUAAUGGAAUUAGCAUGGGGUAUUUAGCAAUUGAUUGGGAAGUAAAGGUUUUAUAGAAUGUGCAUUUUUAAUAUAUUUAAACUAUAUUUAUUAUUAAAAUAAUUUAUUAGUGUAGUUAAAUUGCUCGACAAUUAAACGCUUUGUAACACUUUAUUUGAGUUGUUAAGCUAUUGUCUUUUAAUACUAAGUAAAUAUGCCAAAUUCAUUUGCAAUAUUUUAAGACUAAAAUGAAUCUCAUCGUUUUCGAGAUUAGCUAUGCCAAAAUAUUCUUUAUGCUUUUGUUGUUAUUUAUUAUAAUUAAUUAAUGUCAAGUUUGCUGUUUUUAUAACAGAUUUUUCAAUUUAAAUACAUAUUUAAUAUUUGUUUAUUCUGAUUUUUAUAAAUAUGGAAAGUAUGGAAACUUGCACGUUUAUUAUUAUUAAAAAAAAAAAAAUAAAAGAUUUGCUAUGGUCACGUCAGUAACAUAGAUUUUUCAUCAAAUAUACAUGACAAACACUGUGUUUGUGAUGGGAGUAUUUUUGGACGCAUUCUACAAGAUACAUUUUUGAUUCGUAUUCAAAUGGUUUAGGGGCUUUUCAGAUACAUGCAAAUGUAAGAACGAUACUGACAAAAAAAAAAUAGCCUUAUUUUUGGUCUGUCACGAAUGAAAGUAAAUAUGAAUAGUCCCUAAAUCGUGCUGAGAUUGUAUAAAUUAAAAUAAACCUAUCUUAAGUAUUGGCGUGUUUCGUCACUUUCUUUUUAGAUAUAUUAAAAAGAAACGAAACAUUUCAUUAGUUAAAAUAGGAUUAUUAGAAGAUUCAAGUGUUUACAAAGAAGGCGUUUAGAUUGAUAGCUAUCGCCUAAACGUGUUCAAUAGUAAACAUAACAAUACGAACAAAUGUGAGCACUCAGUAAAUAUGACAAUUAAAAAAGCUUUUUUUUUUCUAUAUACUUUACGGCCCCGAUUUUCUGUCCUUUUUAACUUUAAUAUUGUACUACAAUAAUCGGUAAUAGAAGCGACUGACUGUGAUUUAAAUUUGUGACACGUCAUAUUUAUCGUGUGCAGUAAUAAUUUAGGGUUUAAACAGUAAGAGGGACGCGGGUAGUGGGAACGGAUGCGAGAAAUGUAGAUUUCUGAUUGUAGAGUCUAAGUAAAUUAAAACUAUACCGAAUUAAAAUUAAAUAAAAACAUAUGAUAAGGCUUUAACACUUAUCAAAAAUGUGGAACUCUAUAGAUAUUAUAUUUUUAGUAAAUUUAUAAGUAUCUAGUUACAACCUGCUUAGGGUCGAGUCCAUUAUUUGACUGAAUCCCCUCUAUUUUGUCUUUAAUUGUAUAUUUUAUAUGUAUUAUAUACUUUAUAUAUUUGACAUAGUGUAUAUAUAAUUAUAUACAUAUAUAUUUGAUAUAUAUAUAUAUGCAUGCGUGUAUACGGACUAUGCACACAUUUAUGCGGUCUUACGGUCUACGAUCUUUGGCCGCUUGUCUGAAAACACAAGUUUAUCAGUUUCCGACUCUUACGAAUUCCAUCCGUGUUUCUCUUACUGUAUUUUCACAUUUAGGUGUAAGUGGCUUGUCUGUUAACCUCGCUUAAUAUUUACAAGGUUGUAACUUGACCAUUUUACAAUGGAGGAUUGUAGCAAAAAGAGUUCGCAGCAAAUAUUUUCAUGUUGUGGAAGUAGUCAAUGCUUGAUAUAAGCACUUAAGCAUAACAAUAUGUAAUGCAUUGUUAAUUUCUAUAUUGUGCAUAAAAGGUUUUUUUUAUAUAUACAGUUAUUUAUAAAGAGUAAUCGAUCAAAUUGUUUAUCAAAUGUACGUAAAAUUUAAUUAUGUUUGUUAAAAUCAGUGUUACCAAUCGUCAAAAAAGAUUUUCUAUAGAUAUAUGUAAUGGAUAAAAUGUUUUCAGCAUAUGUUCCUUUAAAAUCAUGUAUCGAUAUUGUGGAAAAAUAUAUUCCUUUAAAAUAAUGUAGGGAUGUCCUUAAAGUUUAUAUAUGUAAUCAUGAUUUAACGUAAUAGUUGUUAAAUGUUGUUAAUACAGUAAGUACUUUUUUUUUUAUUUCAUUUAUAAAUUUACAGCUUGUACAAGCACCAAUUUUCAUAAUACUGUAUAGGUGUUACCUAUCUUUUAUGUUGUAAGUGAUGUUUCCUUAUAUUUAAAAUAUGUUUAACAUAAUUUUGGUGCUGUGUUUAAAUCCUUUAUAGUCUAUAAGGCUUGUGCCGUUAAUUUGGCUGUUCUUAUUUUAUGUAAACAAUCAAUUGCUAGUCAAGUAAGAAUUGAUUGCGUCGUUUGAACGAUUGUUUUAAUAUUUAGCGAGUACUCAUUUUUCAUAUACUGUUACUUGUCUCACUGAUUAGAUUUAAAUCACUGAUUAAAUAACCACGUGGGGCGCCAAGAAUGGUUUUGGCGCCCAACGUGGGACUAAGAUUUUAAGUUUUUUUUUUUAUAUGAAAAUCAUUACCUUAUAUAUACAGGUUUUAAACUAAAUAUAUUGAGUUCAAAACGCACACAGUUUGAAAAAAAAAAUUGUGAUAAAGUAAAAUUUUGUUCUAUCGAUUGCUGAUUCGUUAUUAUUGAAUGUUAUUCUUAACACGAUAGUUUGCUCCAUUGUAAUACUUUUAAAGACCAAUCUAUAGUUUAUUAUACACUGGUAUUUCUACAGGUUUUAUAUCAAAUAUUUAUCUAUACAUUGUUGUAGUGCAAGAUAAUGGCUAUAGUAUAUUAUCAUAGUUACCUUUAAUCAAAUUAUAUAAAUGGAUUAUUUUUUAAAAGAUAAUAAUUAUGUUCCGAAGAUUGUUUGAGAACAUUUACAAAGAGAUUUCCACAUGUUUCUGUAUCAGUAUAAUUAUGAGGCUAUUUUGUACCUACUCCACGUGGAAUCAAAGACAAUAUUACUUAUUUUUUAAUUUAUAAAUAAAACAGAGUAAUGAGUUUGAUGACAAUUAGAAAAAAAAUCUGUUUUAAAUUUUUUUUUUUACCAUAAUUUGAAUUUUCUAGCUCUGGUUAGAAUCACUAAAGAAUUUUAGUAUGAGUGGGGGAAAUAAAUUUCAAACUGACGUAAAAUGUAGGGUAGUGGAUAUAGCUAUAGAUUGGUGAUCUUAAUUAUUUAUACUAGAAUUUUCUAUAACUUUUGUUAUUAGUAGAAAUAAAAACUGCCACAAACAAUCAAAUUUUUCAUAAUAAUUAAUAAGCUUAAAUAACUUUUUUUUUUAAAUAUAUUUUUCAAGAUAUCCCAAAUGGUCUGGUAUGUAAGUGAAAUGUCUGUAAUAUUAUCUAUACUUGUGGCAAAUAUAAUAUUUAUAAUAAACGUAAUAUACCUCUAUGAAAUGAAAUAACUUCAUAAUUUUUUUAAUUUUAUUUCUAAGUAAUUUGAAUGUAUACAGACACAAAUUACAUAAAAUGAAUUAAUAAAAAGUUACAAGUGUUUCUUUUUUUUUUCGUUAAUUUAUAUUUCCAUUCGUAAUAUGUCUAACAGUUUGCCUUACAUGUACUUUUGUUAUUUCUUAAUUUAUUUUUAAGUGUCACUUUAAUUUUUUUUUAAUUCACUAUCGAGACUAAACGCAACGACAUAACGUUAAGUUCCAAUCGUGAAUUUAAAAUGUGUAAAGAAUGUGAAAAUUUGAAAUUAACUCGUUUCAAAUUCUUUGAAAAACUUACAUGUUCAUGGCAUAAUUAUAUUCAAUAGGUACUUAUUAUUAUAGUAAUUUAAUCACAUAAAUAGUUUUGUCCUUAAAAUUACUUAAAGAAUUAUUUUGGAUAAAUUUGUUGGUUCAUAUACGGUUUAUUAGUAAAUAGAAAGUUUAUACAGUUGAUAAUUUGCGUAACCCAUCACUUAAAACAAAUAUUAGUAUUUAGUAUUAGGGUCACAAGUUUUUUUCUAAUAGAAUUCUUUUUUUAUUACUAAAAAUUAAAAAGUAUUGAAAAUUUUUAAAAAAGGGAGCAACCUGCAUCUGUGUCGACGGUACUAUAUAUAAAUAGGUAUGUACAUAUCUUACACUGUGUAUUACCAUCGACACAGGUUCUUUUUUCUAUUUUUUUGUUUAGUUUUAAGUGCUAUAAAAAAUUACUGAGAUUUUUUUUUCAGGCCCUAUUCAUGAAACACUAACACUAGUUUUAAUGAAUGGGCUACGUCAAUUAACAUACUGUAUAUGUGGAUUAUGUACCAACACGGUUUAAAGACUAAUACUUGUCACAAAUAUAGAUUUGGUAAAAGAACGGCAGUGUUGCCAUUGUUGUGACCGCUUUAUGUGUUUGUAAUGUGUGGGUUCAUAUAUUGUUUAUGUGAUAAUAUAUAUGAUGGAGAGUUGU